AUGGACACUGGUCAUACACAUUCCUCAAAUGCUGAUGACAACUCAACAACUGAAACUAAGUUUGAGAGUCGAGAUUUUGAUCCACAAUCAGAGGAUAGUAAUUCCUAUUCUCCACAGUCCUGUGUCGGGUGGGACGGUACAGUGAUGCUCAGUCCAGAGCCGUGUUCUGAUCCUGCUUCUUCGGAAUGUAGAUCUCUUUCCUCCACACGCUCAGAGUGUUCCAAACUCGGGUCUUCUCCGCACUUGCACCGACAGUCAGAGCAACCCUUUAAAGCGGAGGUGGAAGAUGGCCAAGAGAGGGAUUCUGAUUCCUUGCCUCGCGAAGGAAACGGAUGUCCAAAACAAAUAAGGCGGAAUAGUUCUUUCUGCCGGCAGAGCUCGACGUGCACUACCUCUUCUAAGUACCGAUUUGGUGGUUCUGUCGGCGCAGCCUCCAAGUACCACGUACUGAAUUCAAAGAUGCAGAUGGUUUCCAAAUUAGCCCAAGGAGUUUUGGUGUGGGCUCUUCUGCCCUCAAAGUACCGGGUACCGUGGUGGCCGGGUCUUGUGGUGAGUUCUCGGCCUGUUAAACGCAAGAAUAAAGACGGCGAAGAAGUUUUCUACUAUCGAAUAAUGCUCAUCAGUUCCCCACCUCAUCUUGAAGACAUGGUCUCCUUCUUUGUUCCUCGAUGUAAUUUGCGCAUCCUCAAGACUCGGAAGGCGUUUGAAGCCUUUAUGCAAAGCUCAUUGCUUCAUGUUCUUGAAAAACCGGUAGUUAUUUCGAAUUUUACUGUCCCCACGCAUCAAGAACAGUUCUGGUUGUUGGCCAGAGAGAAGCUGGUGGAAAUGGAAAUGAUGUCAGAAAAGUCUCUGCUCUCGAGACUGAGGUACCUCCAACUUGACUUGUCUGCUCUUCGAGAAAUAUGGAAAAUUGAGGACAUGGAGCGAAGAGCAAAGCUUACUAGACUAAAGAAGAGUGGCGUAGUUGAGUCAACAACGGUGGAUGAACGUUACACUACCCUUGCGAAACAGCAGCCGGCAACUCUACCCAAGAACGAAUUCGCAUUCAAGUCUCUACUCCACGUUUUCAAAGGUAACGCACUAGCCCGCUUUAUCUGCUGCAUUUGCCUAAAGCCGGGUCGCUUGGUGCUGAAACCAAAAAAUAAGAAGGAGGGGCAGGAAGAGGAUGAAGAUGACGAGGAGACGGAGGCAGCUGAAGACCAGGACAACGGGGAGGAUGAUACUGAAGAGGAAGAAGAUCAAGGAGAAAAGGGGAAGAGAUCGAAAAGGAGUCCAAAGCCGAAGCGUCAUAUCUCCUCCUCCCUCACCGCAAAUCAUGUCAAGCAGGCGACUAAAGCACAAAAGGCAUAUGCUCGCAAACUGACCGAGAUCGAGGCUGCAGCCAUGCAAACAUGGCCGAUUUUGGUGCCGUGUGCUGGAUGCUGUCCAAAUUACCUACAUUUAGUUUGUGCUACCACCGUAGAUAGUCAUUGUGCUUGGGAGGAGGAUCAGGGGCCUCCAAAAGUUUUUUGCUGCCUCUGCAGGGAGGGACUUCGUCAGUGCUGCCUCUGCUUAGAGGUACAGCCGGCCCUGAACCGUAGUCGUGGUCGCCAAAAUGAACGGGUGCUGCGCCGUUGCGCUGCAUCCAAUUGUCGUCGGUGGUUUCACCGCACCACUUGUUUGCGAAGACUGCCUCACGAAUUGCUGGUGCGCGAUGGCAGUGCAGAGAGCUUUAAUUGCCCCGCUCACACCUGCAUGGCCUGCUACGCCGAGACCCCAGGCAUUUGGCCUCACCCCACUAGCUACUUUGUACACUGCUUUCUUUGCCCAGCUACCUUCCAUGCCGAUGAGUGGUGUAUUCCCGCUGGCUCUAUCUGGCUCUCCCGAUACUGGAUAGUCUGCUCGCGCCACGCGUUACAGAGCCAACCGCAGAGUCUUCUUCAACCACCACCUCAUCUCAUUCAGCUUAAAAAAUCUCAGCCAUCACAACCCAAGGUCGAAGCCUCUCUUCAUAACAGUAUCGCACACUCUCCUACCCACUCCGAGGCCCAUUCACUUGAACAUACUGCUCUUCCUUCUACCCUUGUGGAACUUAAUCGAUCGCCGUCGUCGUCCACAAUAGACCCUUCUGUUCAGAGUGAUGGGAGUGGCGUGGAUACUAAUUGUGUUGAAGAAAAAUCGGCUCCUGAAUCGUCUCUCACCUUGUAUAAACAGCUGGGUCUCAGCCUAAUCCUCCUCUCAAAUGAACAACGUCUUCUACUAGCCAACUGGUUUCGACCAACUAACAUCUCCUGGUGCCUGAUUUGCUCAAGGGCCGGGGAGAUUGUCUGCUGUGAGGGAUGCCCGUCUUCCUUCCACUUAGAAUGCUUACAUGUCGAUGAUGUGAGUUAA